AUGAUCAGUGAACAAUGGUCGAUGGACAUACACUACCAGACAUUCCGUCUGCAGACGGUGUGGCGGCGUGCGGUGAGUGCAGCGGACGGAGCCAGACGGGGUCCAGUGGCGGUGCUACGCUCGGGUGGCGAGGAGGGACCCGCGUGGCGCCGCGGCGGCACGCGACGCGGUGAUCUGUUCGGUGAGGUGCCGCGCGCGGGCGAGACGGAGGAGCGAGGCAAAAGGAGCCGGUGGACGCUCGCCGAGGACGGGAUCCCGCACAGGCGGCGGCAUGAGCUGAUGGCUGCCCAGGCGAACGGAGCGCCGCCGUACCCGGGGCCACCGCCGGAGGCGGGCCGGCCCCUGGCGCCGGCCGCUCCGCGCGAGGAACGCCUGCGGUUGGCGGCCAGCCUGGGCCACGCCGACCAAGUGCUCGCGCUCAUCAGCAGCGGCACGCCGGUCACCAGCGAUGCUGUGAGUGCGGUCGCGAUCGCCGGGAAGGCGGAGAUGGCCGGGCGGUGAACAGCGAACGCGCCUCUAAACCCGCAUCGGUGUUAUCGCAUGUGCCUGUCGCUGCCUUGAUUGUCGUCAAGGCAAAGUGUUCCUUGUUCUCGCAACGGGUACAGUAUGAUAAUUUCCUUAUAAGUCAAACUCAAACCCAGCUCACCUGUGGCCAGGUGAGCUGGGUUUGAGGCCAACUGCAGUACAGAAUGCACUACUCCCCGCGGAAUAAAACUGCCACCGCUGAGUUUUUUCUGUUACCGCGGUUUUGCUGGUGACGUGAUCACUAUCAUUGGGUUUUGUUUUUGGAUCCUGUUUAGUCGAAGACAGGGUUUUAUCGCACUGAGCAGAAAACAGAUAUUCAUGCAUGGCACAUCGCUACAGGUUUCACUGAUAAAAAUCCUUCACGCUGCUUGCUGAAAUUAGAUGCAUUGUUAACGGUAGAAUUGGGACAACAAUAACAAAACGUUUCACCCAGUUUGCUUCUCUUGGCUUACUGAAAGCCAAAAAGAAAAGGUAAAAAUAUAGCAUAUCUGGUGCAGCAUAAAGGUGCAGCUUAGAAGCCCAGUAAAUCGAGCGAACCAAGUAUCAUGUAGUGGGAACUUGUUAAGCAGAACCGGCUUCCGGCCCAGAAGUAUAGACCACUGUCAGGUUGACCAAUUAAGAUCAGUGUCAGCGACCCUCCUACCAGACUUUGAGACGCGUACCCAUGACUGGUCAGCUGCUUCCAGGCCUGGUCUUACAACGGUUCCGCGGUGUCAUUCCGCGUCAUUCCCACCACAGUUCCUCAGCUCUCACCACAUUCCUUGUCAGCGGCCUGUCCCAGGCAGCGGCCCUUAUCACCAGACAGCGGCAGGCCCGGCCUAACCCCCGGUCCCAUUGCACUGGAGCGUGGCUCUGCAGCGACACUCCCCUCCGGCCGGCCAGUCUGUUCGGGACCAGAGUGCCUCCUCUGGAGCGACGCUCCCCUCCGGCCGACGUCUGCCCUAUCGCGCCGGGUCCGUCCGCUGGCGGGACCUCCGCUGACUGGACCGUCCGUUGGCCGGUCCAGUUCCAGCCGAGGGCCCGACACGGUCCACAAAGCGGUCCGUCACGGCCCAGUGGGCGGGCCCGACCCUCUGCCGUGCCCCACUGGCGCCGGCCGGUCCUCCGCGAGAGGGAGGCUGGCCCGGCCCACCGGACCGCACAUCCACGAUUGUCCGGAUCGCUGGCUCGGUGUGGAGGGCCGCUCGCGCUGCGUCGACUUAGAACGGCCGCUUGCUGGGAAGCCGGGCAGUUCUCAGUCGCUUCACCGACUUGUAGCGCUGUUAAGCUCGCAUGCUUG